AUGAACUCGUGCAACUUGACCAACAUUGAUGGCUCACCAAAACCAUCAAGCGAGGAGCAUGGGACGUACAGCCAUGCUCAGAAGAUGCGUGCGGCAAUGACGUACAUGUUUGGUAGGCUCCAGGGCCUCAGCAACAUGCCAUGGCAUGAAUCUGAUGCUGGAGGUGGUAUCAUGGUAGGCAAUCCCUCGAUUUCUGUCGAGGUGUCCUCCUUCAUGUGCUCCCUAUGUCGUCGCAAGGUCAAGGCUGGCAAAGUGGCAAACAGUGCACGUGCCACAACAACAGAUGGUCUACUCAAGCUCUACCAUCACAACCACCUCCCUCAAAACUGGACCAUCCGUGCAUACCAGCCUGGUGAGCACGGGUCAUUGGACUGCUGGGGUGGUGGCUGUGCUCGGAGGCUUCUGCAGGCUGCAUACACCCUAGCAUUCAUAUGUAUGCUGCACUUCGAUGAGGUCCUCAAGAUUCAGGCUCAUGACCUUCAAGUGAUGGGGGACCAGGUGAUCCUCCACCUUCCUUUCCGCAAGACUCAUCAGAGUGGAGAAAUCAAACCAUUCCACUUGUGGGUCCUUCCGCCACACGAGGCCCACAUCUGCCCUGUCAGGGCACUCUCAGCCUGGUUGCGUGAGUCCGACAUCAAGUCUGGCUAUAUUUUUCGCAAAAUAUCCUCCGGUGACCGGAUAGCAGAGGCUGAUGCCCCAAUGUCAUCAGAACAAUUCUUGGAACUCUUUCACAACAAUCUGCUGGACAUCGGCAUUGGUCCAGUGCCUUAUGGCACCCACUCAUUCCAACGAGGAGGCUGCCAAUACCUCCACAUCAAGAGGUGCUGGCCACUUAGGAAGAUUUGCGACUGGAGUGCUGAAUUUUUCAACUUGACCAUAGUUAAGUACCUUAUCUCAUCAAAUGAUGACCCAGUUGAACCAUGCCAGCAUUUUUUCAACCCUGAUAGGCCUCCUGCUGUCAAGUGUCCGCACUGUGGGAGGUGCUGUCCAUGUGGCUGA